GAACCAUUUGGAGGCAAUCCCGAGCUUCUCUAGCUGCCGGGGAGUGGUCGGAACCUUCAGAGGUUCUGGGAGGCAGCACCACGUGCGGCCCCACCAAAGCUCAAAUCUCGCGUGCUCCACCACCGCGGUUGUCUCUAACGAUCUUUCGCCUGCUGUAAGCGACGAGAAAGUACGAUUUGGUGGCGACGGUCAAGUGGAAGCGCGACGGCCAACUCGUUGGCGCUUGCAGGUGACGGCAGUUCACCUCGUUUGCAACGGUCAUCACCCAAGGGCCCCUCGCUUUACGACUGCAGAUAGGUCCUCUACCUAGCCUUAGUUCAACAUGUCUCUCCGCGUCUCCUCUCUUGAGCCUCUCCUGCCUCGCCUAUCCCUUCGAAUGCGUAUCGCCGUCUUUAGCUCCUUCACCCUCGACCUGAUCUUCUCGGUGGGCUAUAUCAUUCACGAAAACGCCAUAGGCAGGGACCCCCUUGACUGGGUCAUGAACGUGACCGAGCGUACUCCCACCUUCAUCGUUGCCACAAUCUCCCUCUUCUUCCACCUAGUCAUCCUCAUGGCGGAAACAAUCAGGAAUGGUCGACGCGCCUACCGCGCGAAGCAUCACCUCGACGCAUUGGAGGAGCGAGCGGAGCAGCUACUCGGGCAGCCUACAGACCCGCGCAUUACCUCCUCGGCGUACUCGAGCAUACCUGCGAUAGCGCUCGCUUGGCUCGUUUGCGCAGCGUGGCUCGCGCCCAUCGGCAUAUAUGGCUAUCAACUGGUCUCAGAAGGGGGUUUCUCAGGUGGGCAGCCGCCGGUCUGGAUGGCCGUCAUUGCGCUGGUCAUGCAAGUUGGCGCGCUGGCUGCGCUGGUGUGCACGGCCAUGUUUGCGAUGCACGAGCGCAGAUUCGGUGCGCGAGCUAUUCAUCUGCCAUGAUAUCG